AUGUUCUCUUGGGGGAGAGGCUUCCUAUCUGUGCUCUUUCCAAACAUUCUCACCUCACAGCUGCGCUUCUGUGGUUCCAAUAUCAUUAACCACUUUUUCUGUGAUAGUGGGCCUUUGCUGGCCUUGGCCUGUGCAGACACCACUGCCAUUGAGUUGAUGGAUUUUAUAUUUUUUUCUGCUGUCAUCCUUUGCUGCAUAGUCCUUGUGGCCUAUUCCUAUGUGUAUUUCAUCUUGACAAUAGUGCCCAUCCCUUCCUCAAGUGGAAGGAAGAAGGCCUUUAACACCUGUGCUUCCUACCUGACAAUAGUCGUGAUUUCUGGUGGCAUCACAGUGUUUAUCUAUGUGAUUCUCUCGCAGAAAGACUAUCUGGAGGAAAAGUUCCCUUCAGUACUGAGCAGUGUUGUGACUCCAUUCCUCAACCCCUUUAUAUAUACUCUAAGGAAUGACACAGUAUUGGGGGUCCUCAAGGACGUGUGGGUCAGGGUUCAAGCAGUUUUAGAGAAGAGGAUGAUGACAGCGAGGAGCAAAUUGUCCUCUUACAAAAAUCACUAA